AAGAUGUAUGACCUUGACCUGUCAAAAGAAAGUAAACCUAUCACGGAAAAGCCGCAUUUCAUAAUUUAACUUACAAUGACAGAGAAACUACCAUAUUUUACUGAGGGAGAAGUGGUAAAAGGUUUUGGUAGAGGAAGUAAGGAUCUUGGUAUUCCUACAGCCAAUUUCCCGUUGGAGGUUGUUCGGCAAUUACCGGAGGAGAUUGGAGGCGGAGUUUACUACGGUUGGGCCUCUGUGGCUGAUGGUCCUGUGUUUAAAAUGGUAAUGAGUAUAGGCUGGAAUCCAUAUUACCAAAACACAGUGAAAUCUAUGGAAACUCAUAUUAUACACAAAUUUAAGGAAGAUUUCUAUGGCAGCAACUUGAAAGUGUGUUUAUGUGGUUACCUUAGAACAAUGAAAAAUUUUGGAUCUUUAG